GGGACGGCUUGUGGCGGAGGUGUGUUUGAUCAAAGUGUCGUUACCUCUCCCCACACACCCGGCCUAUUCUCUUGUUUCGAAAUGACAUCCUUCCCAGCAGCGAGUUGGCAAGCUGCACUCCUCACGAAGCAAACUGGGGGUAGAGCCAUCGUAGGCGACCCCUCUUACGGUCGCGCAGCCACCCGGAUCCAAAAUCGGCUCUAUCUCUCGGACUACUGGACGGCUCGCGAUGCUCAGCAGUUGCGCAAGCUCGGGAUAACGCAUAUAAUCUCGCUUCUAGAGUGCAUCCCUGAAUUGAAAGACCACGAAGAUAUCAAGAAAUUACACAUCGCGAUACAGGACACACCCGAGGCGGACAUCCUGCAGUAUCUUGAUACGACCACGGUGUUCAUCAAGGAUGCGUUAGCGGAGAAUGAGCAGAAUAAAGUCCUAGUCCACUGUUUCCAGGGCAUUAGCCGCAGCGCGACUGUUGUGUGUGCAUACCUGCUUGCGACGACGACAAUGGUGCCUUCGGAGGCCGUUGCAUACGUGAGAUCGAAACGCGGGAUCGUCUCACCGAACGCUGGGUUUAAGAAACAGCUUGUGACGUACAGCCAAAGGUUCGACGAACAGCGGGAGAGAAUGAAACUCGAGAAGGCUCAGUCAUCCAAAUGGAAUGUGGUCAUCUCGAAACUCAGCCUGACAAAACCGACAACAAGAAAACGAGACUCGCUUGUCAUUGCGGAAAGAAAAGAGGGAGCUGAGAAGGGUGAGGAACAAACUCGUUCUCGGCGAUCCUUUGGCUUUAUACCUGGUUCAUCGUCAUCUACCAGUAACACAUUUGCUAUGCCCUAGAAGGAUCACGAUGGACUUCUUGAUACAUCCUCUUGAUACCUUCUGUUUGAUCACUUUGUUGUCAAGGGCUCCUUUAUUCAUGCGCAAUGUUGGUCUGUAAGCUUAUAAUCAUGUACAUACACUCCCCGCUUUAUAACACUUCAUAUUGAAAA